AUGGUAAAAUAUAAUGAGAAUAACCGAACAAAACAGAGUAUGCCACUGGGUUGGGGUGUGACAGCACUCCCCACCAAAACAAAGCAUGUCCUCAUCUUCAGAGGUCGAAACAGAAACGGCGACACUGAUCCCAUGCCUCCCAGACGACGUCGCUUUGAACUGUCUUGCAAGGAUCCCUCGCUCCCAUCAUCCGACACUCUCCCUCGUUUCUAAACCCAUCCGUUCCCUCCUCUAUUCCCCACUAUUCUUCAACACUCGCUCUCUCCUCCACUGCACCCAGAACCUCCUCUACCUCUCUCUCCGCUCACGCGCUUCCACUCUCCAAUGGUUCACGCUUCACCACACGCUCCUCGCCCCUCUCCCUCCCAUCCCCUCCCCCGCCAUCGGCUCCGCCUAUGCCGUCAUCGGUCCCACCAUCUACGUAAUCGGCGGUUCCAUUAACGACGUUCCCUCCCCCCAUGUCUGGCUCCUUGAUUGCCGCUUCCACCGCUGGCUCCCCGGCCCCGCCAUGCGCGUCGGCCGUGAAUUCGCCGCCGCCGGCGUCGUCGACGGCAAGAUUUACGUCAUCGGCGGCUGCGUGGCCGACACGUGGGCCCGGUCUGCGAACUGGGCGGAGGUGCUGGAUCCCGCCGUGGGGCGGUGGGAGAGGGUGGCGAGCCCCGUGGAGGUGCGGGAGAAGUGGAUGCACGCCAGCGCCGUCGUCGACGGCAAGGUUUACGCCAUGGCAGACCGCGGCGGCAUCGCGUUCGACCCUCGCAGCGGCGCGUGGGAGAGCGUGGGGGGAGAGUUGGAUUACGGGUGGAGGGGGAGGGCGAGCGUGGUGGAUGGGAUUCUGUAUUGCUAUGAUUAUUUGGGGAAAAUCAAAGGGUUCGAUGUGAAAUUAGGGUUGUGGAAGGAGUUGAAGGGGUUGGAUAAGGGUUUGCCUAGGUUUUUGUGUGGUGCUACCAUGGCUGAUUUGGGUGGAAAUUUGGUUGUGGUUUGGGAGUGCCAAGGGAGUGGGAGUGUGAAAGAUAUGGAGAUUUGGUGUGCGGAGAUUGAGGUGAAGAAGAAUCCCGAUGGGGAAUUGUGGGGUCACGUUGCUUGGUUCAGUAAGGUUCUUUCUGUUCCUAAAGGCUCCUCCAUUGUCCACUGUUCUUCUGUUGCCUUGUGACCUUCCUCAUCAGGUCCUGAUAUAAUGUAAGCAUUCCUUGACUUUACAUUAAAUUGAUCUUGCAAGUUCCUUUCGAAGUUUGAUCAGGUGACGUUUCAGCUCCAGUGUUGUCUGUAAAUAAAUGAACAGGUGCUGCUCAAAUAGUAGUGCACUACCACAACUGUAUAGUUAGUAUGUAGUGUAUUCAGUUUAGUACUUCCGUUGUGUCAUCUUUCCCUUGUAUUUCUUUUUGUAUCUGAGUGAGUUUGUGAGUUGCACAGUUAGUACUAAAUGCCAAAUGCCCUCGUCCAAUAAAAUGCUGUUAGUUUUCAGGUUUA